AUGGCGCAGGCGGCGAUGCCCCCGGAGCCGAAGCUGCCCAACCCCUGCGCCGCUUUCCGCCCGCCGCCGCCGCCGCAGCCGCCCGCUCGCCGCCCCGGCGCCCCCGCGCGGCCCAAGGAUGCACCUUGUGCAACCCCUGCUGGCGACAAAGGCCGUCCAGGGCAGUGCAACAAAGCUCCAGAGAACGUCGUGCAGAAGCCUUCUGGCGGGACAUAUUCAAGACCUGAAGCAAGAGUAAAGCUGAUUCCUGCAGAAGAGAUCACAUAUGUACGGCAUGGAAAAACUUAUGCUAGAACUGUUGGUUCAGAUAAAUUGGAGAAAAGACACCGCAGACGGAGUGUCACUCCUCCUCCCAGUUCACGUAUAGUUUCCCUUGCGAGGUCGACACCACUUCCUCACAAGGCCACAGCGCCGCUUCCACCUCACAAGCCCACGUCACCACUUGCUCACAAGCCGACGUCGCCACUUGCUCACAAGCCGAUGUCGCCACUUGCUCACAAGCCGACGUCGCCACUUGCUCACAAGCCGACGUCACCACUUGCUCACAAGCCAACGUCGCCACUUGCUCACAAGCCGAUGUCGCCACUUUCUCACAAGCCGACGUCGCCACUUUCUCACAAGCCAACGUCGCCACUUGCUCACAAGCCGACGUCGCCAUUUGCUCACAAGCCGACGUCGCCACUUGCUCACAAGCCGACGUCACCACUUGCUCACAAGCCUACGGCACCACCCCCACCUGUUGCCUCAUGUAUUUCUGUUAAGAGAUCUGAGACAGCUGAAAACAACAGGCAAGUUGUUUCUCUCAAACGGACAUCACCAUUCUGCAAGGUUGUCCAGAGAGGUGCAGUUCCACCAGCUGUUUUGCGAAAAGAGUCAGAGAUGAAUCCCAUCUCUCCUAGUUCUGUGCAUGUGCUUCCUGCACAUUCAACUAAGGUUGCUCUUGCUACAAAGGCAGAACCUUCUCCUAAGAGUGUCAGCACAGUUGAUAACUUGUACUCUACAAGCAAUCAGGCCACACUUGAAUGUCAACGUCCAAAACGCAGUGCAGAUCCUAUUGUGGAAAAAGAACUUAAUGUGAAACUUUCAUUGCUGAGCCCAACAUCUGUGCUUAGCAUAAGUUCCAAUGAGGUAUGCCCAGAUGCUAGAUCAAGGCCUUCGUCCAGACCAAGUUUGUUUGAUGGAAAAUGCAAGCUGGCCUCACUGCAGCCUGAGAUGAGCAUGCCUCGAGCAAAAUGCCCAGAUUAUACAACUCAAGCCACAUGUGUUGAACAGUCUAAUGAUUUUGAAGCUGCUCCUUCCACUAAGGGUCAUAUCAGGGAUGAACCACAAACAAACAAGGAAGCAUAUAUUACCUGUAACAUGUCUUCAGAUGCCCCAGAAGUUUUACAUAACAAACUGUACAAGAAACCAGAUCAGUCAAAAUCCACAACUCAAGCCCCACGUGUUGGACUGUCCAACGAUUUUGAAGCUGGUCCAUCCUCUAAGAUCCAUAUCAAGAAUGAGCCAGAAAUAAAUAAUGAAGAAUCACUUAGUUGUAACCUGUCUACAGGUGCCCAAGCAAUGGUACAUACAGAACUGUACAAUAAGCCAUACCAACCAGAGUCCACAACUGCAGGCCCAUGUGUUGAAUUGUCUAAUGAUUUGGAUGCUGUUCCUUCGACUAAAUGCCAUAUCAGGAAUGAGCGACAAACAAACCAGGAAGGAUCAAAUAGCUGUGACAUGCCUUCAGGCGCCUCAUUAAUUUUACAUACAGAACCGCGCAAGACAUGCCGACCAGACGCCUGCUGGAAGGGCAAAUUUGAAGUAACAGGAGAGCUAACGCACACUUGUGAUGAGCUUGAAGCUCAUUUCCCUCAUGAAAUUUUUAUCAAAGUUUACGAAGCUUCAAAACAAAUGCCUGAAGUCUUGAAGCUAGAGGCUCUACCUCUUUCUCAUCUCUUGCCAAAAAAAUUCAAGAUGGAACCCCCUGAUGCACAUGAUAUUGGACUGUGCUUCAUAAGCUCUCAUGAAAGGCCAAAUAGAAACUUUGACCAUCUCCUGGAGAAGAUUUCUUCACAUACUGGCUUGCGGGCUAACAUCGGCAUCACAGAGUUGCUAAUAUUUUCGUCCAAGUUGCUUACGGAAGAUGAUCAAACAAAAGACGGAAAACUUUACUUUUGUGGAGUUUUCCGGAAGCAUCUCAGAAAGAAGCAGCACCCAGCCAAUAAUGAUACAGAGAAGGUGGAAUGUAAGAAAAGUGGCAUCAUACUGGAUUCAACUGGGGAGGAAGAGACAAGUGGGAUUAACAAAUGUAUGCCCAUGGUUAAAGCGCCUGAUGCAAAUGCUACCAGUAACGCAGCUCCCACUGUUUCUUUCUUCACUGGGUCUUGCAGUCCUGUCUCGGCAGGUUCUCCUUGUAAAUCUGCUGCGAGAACUGCUGCUUGCGGAGGCCUUACGUUGGACUCGCCUCCAGGAUUUCCUCUUGAUGGCCCCCCUCCUGCGUUUACAUCAGCACACCGCAUGCUUCGUAGAGGGGAAACCGCAGAAUCACAGAUCGACUCUUGCAGCCUUAUUUUGGAUGAUGUUCCUCCUGGGUUCACAUCAGCACACCGCGGGUUACAUUCCACUCUUUUCUCUGAGAAGUCUGCAAUCAAAUUCUCUCUGAAUGUUACAAGGACUAUUCAAACGCCGCCUGGGUUACCGGCAUUCUCUAAGGCUAAGGAUAAAAUGACAGCGACUGGAAACAUACAUGUAAAGCAUGAUAAGGUUGACGUGCAAGUGGAUGACGAUUCCGAGGAGCGGCAGUUUCCGAAAAUCAAGCGGCUCUCGGAUAUCCUGGGUUCCUCUUCUGCCUCCUCGAGCAACAACGACAGUAUCUUGUCCAGACCUAGUAACUGCUCUGAAGUUUGCAGAUCUGCUGCAGCUGUGCCAAGAGCGAGCAAGUUUCAAGAGGCGGGGCCUCCUGAGGUACAAAAACAUUGCAGGAAGAGAGGCCAGCUGGAACUAUCCGAGCCUUCUGGUGCCGAGGCGACCAAAAGGCUCAGGGUGAAUGGACGCAUCGCGCUGAACGGAUCCGUGGACCGUCGUGUCCUCAAUGGUGGCAAAAGAUGAUAUGCAGCUACGCCUCCUCUUCAGGCCAUGUGGCUAACGCAUUUUCAGGUGGUAUCGGUGGAACUGCUACUUCCAGACAGCGAGUAGUUUUAUGUGUGUAGGUCGGUCUGGACAGCCAGUAUUUUGGGUAGGAAACUGAAGCCUAUUAGGUAGUGAAUAUGUCUAAUGUUAUGUCGAAAUAAGUACUACCUCCGGCUCAGGCUGGAGAAGUAUCGUUGUUGUUUUUGUAAAGUCUAAAGUGUCAAGUUUACGUGGUGCAAACUGGUGUUAACAGGAUGUCAGACCGUCUGUGGUGCAUGUAUGUCUGAACUUUAACGACAUCUGGUAUAUCCUCAACAAGGUGUGCGCAUGACAGGCCCAAGCCUGACAGAUAACGCUAACUGAAAAACAGAUUCACACUAGAACGAGAUUCCAUCAA